AUGAUGUGCUGCUGCUGCCACUGCCCCUGCCGCUGCCGCUGGCAGCCGCUACCCUGUGCCCUGACCCUGACGCUGUUGCUGCUGCUGCCGCCACUCGUCUUUGUACCCUCUCUAGCUGUGGCCUCUGAAGGCCCAAACCACUGUGAUACCAUAUACCAAGGCUUUGCUGAGUGUCUUAUCCGCCUGGGGGAUGGCAUGGGCCGCGGAGGCGAGCUACAGACUGUCUGCAGAUCCUGGAAUGACUUCCAUGCUUGUGCGUCUCGGGUCCUGUCCGGCUGCCCAGAGGAAGCCGCUGCAGUGUGGGAGUCACUGCAGCGAGAAGCUCGCCGUGCCCCCCACCCAGAUAACUUGCACAUCCUCUGUGGCGCUCCUGUGAGUGUUCGGGAGAUGGUUGCUGGCCCAGAGACCAACCAGGAGACACUACGAGCCACAGCUCCUGUGCUCGCUCCAGCCCCAGCCCCUGCAUUGCUUGCUGCUGCUCUGGCACUUGCCUGCCUCCUGGGGCCUCUGGCCUAAACAGUCUGGUUGGCUAGCCAACAGUGCCCAUGCCUCCCAUCACUGCAUGCAGUGGCCGCCGUGUGGGCUCUGUAGAGUGUGUAUAAUUUUCAUUAAAGGUAUUUAUA